CACCGGGCUGAGUGUGCGGAGACAAGGGGAGAGCUCGGCAGACAGAUAGAGCACUGCUGGCUGCCAUCACCCCGCUGCUGCCCUCCACCUCCUUGUGAUCCUCCCUCCCUGUUGGUGAGGGCAGCACAAAUAAAACUUCAAGGAGGAGGACUAAGAGGCUGCCCCAACCCCUAGGCAUGGCCAGCUCGUGUGCUGUACAAGUAAAGCUAGAACUGGGUCAUCGAGCCCAGGUUAGGAAGAAACCAACACUUGAGGGAUUCACCCACGAUUGGAUGGUAUUUGUCAGAGGACCGGAGCACAGUAACAUUCAGCACUUUGUGGAGAAAGUUGUUUUUCACCUACACGAAAGCUUUCCAAAACCGAAACGAGUGUGUAAAGAUCCUCCAUACAAAGUAGAAGAAUCUGGUUAUGCUGGUUUCAUUUUGCCAAUAGAAGUCUAUUUCAAAAAUAAGGAGGAGCCUAAGAAAGUUCGUUUUGAUUAUGACCUCUUUCUGCACCUUGAAGGACACCCCCCUGUAAAUCAUCUACGCUGUGAAAAGCUUACCUUUAAUAACCCCACUGAGGAAUUCAGGAAAAAAUUGCUUAAGGCCGGAGGGGUACACAGAUAUCCAGAUGGAUCGGUUAACUGGACCGUAAAAAAGAUCAUGGUUAUGUCCGAGGGGUCAUCCUUUUCUUCAGGCACCAGUCUUCAUCUCCCUAGUCUCCCUAGUAAUUCUUUAUCCUUUUCCGAUGUGAAGAAGAGCAAAUCAUCUCAUGGAUCCAAGGACCCAAAUAAACCAGUUAGUGCAAACAGUAACAGCAACCCAAUUAGCUUACCUAAACCACACAAAUCUUCAAAGGAGCACAAGGAGAAAUCAUCAAAAGACUCAAAAGAACAUCGAAGUGCCUUCAAAGAACCAUCCAGGGAACAUACAAAAUCUUCCAAAGAAUCGUCCAAAAAACCCAAAGAAAACAAACCACUGAAGGAUGAAAAAGUUGUCCCUAAAAUGGCCUUUAAGGAACCCAAACCCAUGUCAAAAGAGCCCAGGUGUGAAAACAAUAAUAUUCUUACAGUAUCAAGUGGUCAUCAACAGGAAAAAAAGGUCUCCAGUAAAAGGCCAUCACAUAUGGACUCAGAGGACCCAUUAAACAGAAAAAGGAGAAAAAGCAACUCUGAAUCUUCUCUUAAAACUUUUUCAAAUUCUUCGCUACUUAUUUUGUCCUCCUCGGACAAAAAAUCUUUAAAAGACAAAUCUCAACCUAAAACUGGGAAAGUAAAAGUUGAAAGUGAAGUUUUGGAUAAGAAGAAGGUGUCACUGCCCCCUUUUGAAGACAUUGUAGACCCAAACGAUACAGAUAUGGAGGAUAAUAUGUCAUCCAAAUCAGAGUCCGGACAGCCAAGUCCAGCCAGUUCUACGUCUAGUUCCAGUUCCAGUUUGGUGCCACCUCAUAACCACAGACAAGGUUUCUUCAUGUCUUGUUCAGGUUCUCUGAGGUCCAUAAUGAAGGACUUGCAUUCGGAUGAAAAUGAGGAUGAAUCUGAUGAUGCAGAGGACAAUGAUUCUGAAAAUGAAAGGACUGUUCACAUGCAUGGAGGGAGUCGGGCUCGCAGAAUCAGUCUAAGUGAUGGAAGCAAUAGUGAAAGCAGUUCAGUGUCCUCGCCAUUACGGAAUGACCCUCCAACCUUGUUAAAAACAAACAACAAUCAGAUCCUGGAAGUAAAAAGUCCAAUUAAACAAAGCAAGUCGGAAAAGCAAAUAAAAAAUGGAGACUGUGAUAAGGCAUAUCUAGAUGAGCUAGUUGAGCUUCACAGAAGAUUGAUGACUUUACGAGAAAGACAUGUACUACAACAGAGACACACCUGAGUGGAUGGGAUCCGUGAGCAGUGAUCCACAACGUUCAUUCAAGUGUUCCAAGUAACCUGUAUCCACGUAUUAUAUUUUGCCUGUUUUGUCAUUUUUUGUUGUUGUUGUUAUGUUGUCAGGGCAAUCAAUGACUUCAUAAUUGUGAGCCGCUGACGCCUUUAAAUUGUAUCACUAUUCAGACCAGCACAUGCAGUUGAGAAAGGCUUCAGAGCUGGAACGCGUGCUGCAUCUUUUACAUGCUGUAAUUCAUGCACUUUGAGAAGUAAAAAGCAUCUUCAUUGAAACAAACGAGUGCCGGGAUUUUCUUCUUUACUCAUAGCCCUAACAGACUGUCCUCUUUUGUCAACCUUUAUUACCUUCCUCCGUAGAAGUUACUUCCAGCAGCAGCGUCUUUUUCAUUUCUUUUCCCUUCACAGAACUUCAGAUAAACUCCUUCCCUUUCAGUCAUGUUUCAUGGCAAUGUGACUUACCGGGAGUAACUCCUCUCUUUUGUGAGACAUGACCUAUGUCGUUAUUAUGAUGUCACCAUUAUUGCAGCAAAAGCACCGUUGUACUGCAGUAAAAACACAUACAUGCCGCAAAAGGGCCACUCUACAGAGUUCACUACCAUGCCUCGGUAACCAAGAGUGUUUGGGUGGCACACUGGUUUCGCUAUACUCUUAAUAAAUUUGUUUGGCGGCUUUAAUAAUGGGAGACUAGUUUAGCGGGUAUGUGCCACCUUGCCCCUGAGCUCAUUCUAGGGGAAAAAUCCAUUGUUUUUAAACUUGAUUUUGCUGUUCAUGGUACACAUCCUAGUUGCCUACUAAAGAAAUGGGCAGCUAUACAUGGGAAAUCCAAGGGCCCUAUUCACAACUGUCACAAAAUAUAGCAAGCAGUCUUUGACGCUAAAGAAGGCAGUACAAACUUUUAGGUAACAAAGGUUAAAUUUUGAAUAGGUGUUGGUGAAUAAUUGCAGCACUAACAUAUACCAUGUAAAAGAGGGGCAGCUGUAAAUAGAGGCAUUGUUCCCAUGAUUCCUCUUUUAGGGCCGCCAGUGUGAGCUGCCCUCCCACAAAGGUGCAUUUUUUUGCAUGGUAUCCCACCAAUUUCCCCAGAAACUACCAUCUGUGCUCGUGUUUCUUUAAAACAUACUGAAGUAAAAUGCUAAUGUGUAAAACCUUAAAACUGACUGUAGAGAUUAUAUUUCUUUUGGCAGAUCUUGUCAAUUUCUAUAAAAUCCACAUAUAAUCUAAUGUGUUUAUGGGCUGAUAGACAAUCUGUAAAUGGAAAAAAGGUAUCCUGCAUAUAAAAUGUUAACUUGCUUAAUCUUUUUUUUAUCCUCUGGAUAUAAGUUAAACCAGAGAUUUUUGACUGCUGCAUAUAGUUUCCCUUCUAUUUAAAUAACAUGAGCCUUUUGUGGAGCCAAUAGUCCAUGUUAAUUGACAUUUGUCGGCUGAAUGUUUGAUUGAUGUAAUGUGCAGCUUUAGACAGAGUACAGACUCUCCCGAAUUGUCUUAUUUCUAUCAAGUCUGAGGAGUGAAGAAUAGAUGCUGUAAUGAAAAUUAACUUUUCUGAAUGUCACCUGCCACACAAUAGUAAACUUCUAGAGUAAAGGCCAUAGAGCUUUUGAAGUUGUAAGGAAUUCCUUUUACAUGGUUUACAGAGGAGACAAAAAGCUUACAGAAAGAGAGUGUCACAAUAGGACUUUGGGCCUGACUUGUGCAGCUUCAAAGGAAGAGCAGAUGGACAGCUGACUAUCCAGACUUAAACCCCCUUUAUCGUGUCACUGUCCAGUCAAAACAAGGAAUUGGCCUAAUGAGCUGAUAUCCUGGUCUGGAAACCGGAGGCAAGGAAUGAAAGUAUAAAAUAUCAUUGUAACAAAAGAGAGGGGUUCAUACUGUGGGGUUUAGUCCAAACCCGAUCUGUUCCAGAGAAACACAAGCCUCUACAUUUUGUAAGUGAAUUGCUUGUACGUACAGUAC